AUUGUGUUAUGUUGUUGUGGUUAUUAAUUUAAAGUAUAUAUGAUGUGCGUAUUUAUUUUAUCAUAUAGAUAGUAAUUCUAUAAAUUUAAGUAGCGUGUGAUUUUAGUUUUCAAGUGUUGUAUAUAAUAUGGGUCGACCAACAUAAAAAAUUCUUUUGCAAACCCAUAUCCUUCUUAUGUUGUCCAAAAUUUAGAGGAGAAGUAUUAAGCAUAGUAUUAACAUCUUCUAUCUAUCCCUCUUUGUAACCACCAAAAGGUGAAGAGCCAUCCCCCAUUAACCCAUCUUAAUGCAAUUAAACCUUUGCUUUAUGAAAUGAAUCAUCACAGUAUUUUUGCUGCACACUCUCUUCACGCCAGACUUACAAAGAAAAACAAAGAGUCCUUCUCCCUUCUCGCAUUUUCGGCCAUUUCUGCACACUCAUCUUGUUUACCCAAUAUCUCCUUCGUCUCUUAUUGGAAUUGGACGUGUGAGUAGUCGAAAUUCAUCUACUCGGAUAGAUCUUGCUCGUGGUGUCAUUCUUUUUUGAAGAUACUGGAAGAAUUGGUCGCAGUUUCUGUUUCAAUCAGACGGGUCACCCGGUUUUGUUUUCCUGUCGUACCUUCACGAAUUUAAUCAUUGCGGAAGAUCGAACCGUUGGAUCGCCCUGAAAUUUGGACAGCACGUUUAGGACAUAUGGGCCUUCAUUAUGACUGAAGAGAUUUUAAAUCAGAGCUACAGAUUGACAGGAAUCGAGAUCGGAGCAGAGCAGUACGUGAUGAAAAUGCAAGCAAUUGGAGGUCUUCAAAGGUUAUGUUGAUGACAAUCUUAUUUGGUUUUGGGCUCGGGUUGAGAUGUGAGCAUUAAAAUGUUAGAUGUUUUAGGCCUACUCUUUUAUUAAUUUAAGAGUGAGUUUUCUUUUUGGCUAUCAAUUUAAUUUAUUUAUACUAUUUAUUUAUGUUGGUUUUAUCACUUAGAUAUUUAAACACAUUCUUGUAGUAGUGACAUUCCCAGAAGACGAUGUUUCCUCCUGUAAGAUCUUUCUUCUAUGAGCAACCAAUCCUGAGUACAAACCAAAAAGAUCCAGCAUUAAAUUACAGAAAUAACAUAUAUAAUAAAAAGAAAAAGAAUGCAGAAGAUGUGGUCUUCCUUGGUUUAUUGACAUGAACAUAGUAUAUCAAUAAGAAGCAAAAAAGAGACCCUCACGACAUAAGUCCAGCCUGGACACAGUAAGCAACAGAUGGGAAUAAAUUUGUCGACUGCUUACGUUAUGAGAAUAUUGUUCCUGGCAUCAAAGUUGACAAGUCGUCGGUAGGUGGAGAGCCACUUCCAGAAUUUGAUACUUCAAUGCGAUCUCGUGCUGCAUCAGUAGAAGGUGAGGAUGAUGAUGAUGAUGAUGAUGAUGAUGAUGAUGAUGAUGAUGAUGAUGAUGAUGAUGAUGAUGAUGAUGAAGACAAGAUUGAGGACAAUGAUGGUGAAGAUGAAGACACGCAAGCUGAAAAAACGUCUAGACAAUUUCGGUCGCACGCUGAAGAAGAAGUCCUGGUAAAAUCAUGGCUGCAGGUUAGUACAGAUAAAUACGUUGGUACGAACCAAAAGGGAAAUACAUUUUGGGGUAGAGUUACUGAUACAUUUGACCAAGUUAGACGUUAUAGAAACAGAUGUUGGGAAGAAAGGGUUCAAGGGAUUAGGAAGUCUGAUUUAUUAAAGGAGAGAGAAAUGGAGCCCCUUAUAAGUCGUUGGAAGAGGAUUAAUGCAAGUGUUUCAAAGUUUGUUGGAGCAUAUGCACACGCUGAGCUAAGGAGAACAAGCGGUCAAUUUGAUGAUGAUGUUAUGAAGAGUUCAUUUGCCAUAUACAAGAGUGACUCAAAGAGACAUGCAGAGUUUCAAGACAAGCAUUGUUGGGAAAUUCUAAGGGGGGCAGACCAAUGGAAGCCUAUAGGGAGUACUGUCAAGAAAUGCAAGAAGAAGACGGCAACUCAAGAAGGUGGCUCUAAGAGGAUUCGAAUUAAUGAAGAUGGUAACUUCUCCACUUCAACUGACCAAAAUACACCAACCAAUGGUGAUGUAGGUUGUUCCUUCUAGCUUCCUAGUGAUGGGUCCGUAAAAAAUAAAGGUAAGGGUAAGGGAAAAGUUAUGAACAUGCCUCCAGAGGCAUUUCAAUAAUGGGUGGAUUCAGUAUAUGAGAUGAAUUUGUCAAGGACAAUUGAAACUGAAAUGGAACUUGCUAGGCUAAAACAUGAUAGAGAUAUUGAAAGUGAAAGGGUGCAGCUAGAGAGAGAGAAUGUAUUAGUUAAACAAAGAAAGAUUAAUUUGGAGUUAUUCAAAGUCCUUUCAUCAAAGGCAUACCUAACAGAAGAAGAAGAUGAAUUGAAAAAUAAUCUUGUUAAGGUAUUAUUUCCAUGAUAAGUAAUUUGGAAGUUCUAUUUGUACUUAAGUUGUUUUAAUUAGAGAUUAAAGGCUAUCUAUUUGUGUAUGCUUUAUUUGUACUUAAGUUGUUUUAAUUAGAGGCUAUCUAUUUGUGUAUGCCUUUAUUUGUAAUUGUAAGUUGUUUUAAUUAGAGGCUAUCUAUUUGUGUAAACUUUAUUUGUAAUCGUAAGUUGUUUUAAUUAGAGGCUAUCUAUUUGUGUAA